AUGCGGGCAUUAAAAUGGUUGAAGAUAUUGCUGUUAAUCGACUAUACCGCCGGGCAAAAUCUGAGGACAGUCCGGCAAGCCGGAUAUACUUACAACAUACCAAGAAUACCAUUUACCUUACCAAGUCCUAGUCCACCGGCACUACCAAGUUAUCCUGCACCAGUUCCUGUACCGCCAAGUUAUUCUUAUCCUGUACCCCCUCCUCGACCUUCACUACCAUCUCCACCCCGUCGACAACCCCCUCUACCUCCUUACACACCACCAGUACCACCAGCACCACCACCACAACCACCAGCGCCACCACCACCACCACCACCUCCACCACCUCCACCACCAUCACCGCCUCCUGCAAGACCACCACCACCAGUACCACCACCACCAAUUCCACCACCAUCACCACCACUACCACCCCCGCCACCUCGGCCACCACCAUCACCUCCACCUAUUCCGCCUCCUCCGCCACCGCCACCAACUCCACCUCCUCCUCCUCCGCCGCCUCCUCCGCCUCCACCGCCUCCACCCCCUCCGCCUCCUCCACCUCCGCCUCCUCCUCCCCCUCCCAUACCACUUUACGUGCCUCCGACAACUUCAUCUCCACCGAUACGAGUUUCUACACCAGCGCCAACUUAUCUACCACCAUACGAUCAGGAAAUCCAAGUUUCUCAAGCUGCCGCUUCUUACGCAUCAAGCAUGGCAUCGGCGAUAUCGUCCACCAAUGCGGUGAUCAUAGUUGGACCAGAUGGAUAUAAUCCUGUAACAACAUCUGCACCAUCUUAUACGGCAUAUGCAAAUUCAUACGGCUAUUCAACACCGAGUCCUACUGUUGGUUACAGUUAUCCAACCCCUGCACCUAGUUAUCCCGCUCCGGCUCCUGCACCUAGUUAUCCCGCUCCAGCUCCUGCACCUAGUUAUCCCGUUCCGGCUCCUGCAUCUAGUUAUCCCGUUCCGGCUCCUGCACCUAGUUAUCCCGCUCCGGCUCCUCCUCCCACUGUUGGUUAUAACUAUCCCCCAGCACCCUCGCCUAGUUACCCUGCACCAACUCCUACACCCACUUAUCCAACGCCUACGACUCCUGCAUAUGAUUAUUCUCCAAUGGUUAGACCUACUUAUCCUGCUUCGGCUCCACCACCUAGUUAUCCUAGUUAUCCAGCUCCAGCUCCAGCUCCAGCUCCAGCUCCAGCUCCAAGACCAAUCUAUUCUUCACGACCUGGACCACGUUAUCUACCUCCACUUGCUUAGAUUAAUUAUUUUUUUACACCGGAAAUUAUUUAUCAUUGUCCAAUUGUUCAAUUCAGCUGAUCUGUCUUUGAACUCUGCAAUCAAUCCUUU